AUGGCACACUUCCUGGAAGAUUCGCAGAGAAGCAAUGAGCUGCUGGUAUUUUACACCUGGGUCCCCUUCGCCUGGUUUGCCGUGCCCACCCUGGUCGUUGGGACUGCCCAAGACAUUGCCGACAGCGGCCCGCAAAUUCUUGGCUUCUUGCUGUACCUGCCUUUGCUGGAGGAAGCACGCAAUUUGACUAUGAUGUGGUUGGCCUACUGCUUACUCGCCAGUGCCAGGUCAUUGCAGCUUUGCAUGUCUCAUGCUGGCAUGAAAGUCCAGCUGACGCCUUUUCUUUUGCGGAUUCUUCUGCUAGAGCUCGCUGGCUUUGUGGCAGGUCGUGCACGAAUUUGGUACCUGAGCUGCAAGGGCACACCUCUUACCUCGUCGUACCUGGAUGCGGCAUCCAGGUCGAAAGAUAUCCAGGCGGCAGGGCCUUUCAGGGAGCCCUUUAAGAAGGAACCCUUGAAGCAGCCGUUACUUUUAAGGGUUCCCUAG